CUUGUGCGCUCGUUGCAGGGGUGUCGCUGUACUAUGAGCUCGGUCUACGAAGGUGCUCUCACUUCACUCAUCGCAGUACUGGCCCACUCAAACAGAGUACAUCUGCUGGAGCACUGCUUAUAAUCACUUUCUGCACAGCUGAAGACCUCAGAAACAUUUUUUUCCCUUCUUCUUCUACUGUCUCCCAAGGACUGAACUCAGCCAAAGCAAACUAAUACAUCAACACCUUCUUUUCUGCAGCUCUACAAGACGUCCGGUGCCAGGAUACUUGCACUGAGUUCCUGUACUUGUAAGAAACAGCCAUGGUUCAAGCUACUAGAGGGGUGUUCUUUGUAAUGAAUGAUGGAUAUGUAAAUGGGAAUCGCUAAUGGUGUUUUACAAGGUUUGGAGACACUUCAGUAGCAAAUGCAAACUCAAGUUAUGUCUGCAAAUCUGGAUUCCCUUUCAAGUAACUUUUGAGGCUUUAAUUGAUAUGAGAAAUGCUAUCUGGUGCUUGUUCAGUGUCAACCCUGACGGGCGGCUUUCAGUCUGAAUGCCCUUUUUAACCGGUGCAGAGACGGCUUUCUGCAAACAUGGAAAAUGUCAUCAACAGCACGGUGCUCUGCGUGAUUAACUGCACUAUAAAUGGCACCAAUAACAGCUUGCAUUACGAAGCGCACAGACCUGUUUUUCUGUUCCCCGUGGCAAUCAUCAUCGUCAUGAUCAUUGUGGGCAACUUGCUGGUCAUCAUCGCGAUAGCGCGGACCUCCCAGCUGCAGACUGUGACCAACGUCUUCAUCAUGUCGCUGGCAUGCGCCGACCUCAUAAUGGGGGUGCUGGUGGUGCCACUCGGUGCCACCAUCGUCGUCACAGGCAACUGGGAGCUGGGGGAAGGCGCUUGCUCGCUGUGGACGUCGGUGGACGUGCUGUGCGUGACCGCCAGCAUCGGGACGCUGUGCGCGAUCGCCGUGGACCGCUACAUCGCCAUCACGAGGCCGCUCCGUCACAAGGUGCUGCUGAACAAGUGGCGGGCACGGCUGAUUGUCUGCGUGCUGUGGGUGGUGUCCUCACUCACCUCCUUCGUGCCCAUCAUGAGCGACCAAUGGCGCAUCUCCCUCGACGAGCUCAACUCCCUCGACGAGCCAACGGUGUGCAAGAAGGGCGAGAAGUGCUGCGACUUCAUCACCAACAUGCCCUUCGCCAUCACUUCCUCCGUCAUUUCCUUCUACAUCCCGCUGCUCAUCAUGCUCUUCGUCUAUGCCAAGGUCUUCCUUAUCGCCUCCAGACAGGUGCAGCUCAUAGACAAGAGCCGCCAGCGCUUCCAGAACGACUACGGGCCCGACCAAGCCGUGCCCCCAUUCUGCGGCAACAACAACCUGCCGGCCACGUGCAACAGCGGCGCCCCCUUCCCCACGCGGAGGAAAGGUUCGCGCCGUCGGCCCUCCAGGCUAAUCGUCGUGAAAGAGCACAAGGCCCUGAAGACGCUGGGCAUCAUCAUGGGCUGCUUCACCCUCUGCUGGCUGCCCUUCUUUGUGGCCAACAUCAUAAACGUCUUCGACCGCAAGCUGAUCGAGCAGGACGUCUUCCGCCUGCUCAACUGGCUAGGCUACAUCAACUCGGGCCUGAACCCCAUCAUCUACUGCCGGAGCCCGGAAUUCCGGGCCGCCUUCAAGAGCAUCCUGGGCUGUCCGUGGUUUCGCGCACGACACAUGAACUCCCUCUAUAAGGAGCUUAGAACCCGAUGCCCUUGCUUUCUGGGCUCUUCGGAGGCGGGCAUGGCCGGAGCUGUCCGGCCGGCUCACUGCGCGGCGGAGACGAAGCCCGAGCCGGGCUCGCGGACAGACGCGGACGACAGUCUAGGAAGUAGCCAGAGCAGCUACAAGAGCGAGGAGCCGUCGCCGAGGCCGCCGCACUCCAAUGGGAGCACGCACUUCAGCGACUUCUCCGAAACGGAGACAGAGUUUUCCACUCUACAGGAGCAGGAUGAGUAAGACUCCUCGGCUUGCCUGGACGACAGAGAGAGAGAGAGAGACUCAUUUCAGCCGAGAAAAGCUAAACUUCCAGUGGUCCGAGGACCAUCGCUACAAACGCAGAGCCACAAGGGGGGAACCUCCCGAAAUUAGUACAAUGAAAUAAACAAGACAAGCAAGAUAAACAAAAUGAGGAAAGCUAAUCAUACGGCGGCAUGCACAAAGAGGACUUGCAGACUCCCAGGAGCUGACGAGAGCAGAGAGUGCGCUUAGAUUGCUGAUGCACUCGGCCUUCGGGCUCUGCUAAGAAAGGACUGGACCGCUCCACCUCAGGACAGGUCUGCGGAGUCCAAGUGACAGACGGCGGCCGUGAACGAGCAGCCGGAGACCCGGCUGGAGCGGAGAGGAAGGGAUGAGGCGUCUGGUUCCCCAGUGAACCAAACCUUGAGAUCUCUAAAGGACUCAAAGUUAGCAAAAAAAAAAAAAGUUUCCCCCCCCUUCCUCCCAUGGCACUCUAAGUUAGUGAAACUACACAUAUACGAAUGUUUUCUUUUAGUAAGAGAACGCACCUACAGCAAACUUUAAGCACAAUGGAUGUAGCCUCUGGUUUUCAAUAUAAAAAAGUGGCAGUUUAAACCAAAUUUUAUACUUAUGUUAAAUUAUUUUUUAAUUUAUUUUUGUUGCCUGUCUUACCUGUGAAUGUGUAAAAGACUAUCAGAAACGAUACAGGUAUUCAUGUCGCAUAGGUUACCUUCUGUUCGGUGGUGUGUAUUUCAUGGUAGCUAAUGUGUUUUGUUCGGUCUGUCAAGUCCAAACCUUAUCGCUGUUUGAAGUGCCCAGGACUCGAACCCUUAUACUGCCAUAUUUUUGGGGUGGCCAUAUUCUCAUCAAGCUCAGACUUUGUUCUUACCCUGGGCUCACAUGCGGAAAUCUGAACACAAGAAUCACCUCAUUCUCCUGAUUCUUUUAUUCACCUUCAGUGCUGCUAGAUACCUGUUUUCUUUUUUAUUUCUUUGGUGGCAAAAGACUGACGAACUUUCAUCUUCUGAAACACACCCAGUGUAUAGGGCAUGACGCACAAUAUUGUUCUGUAUUACACUUUUGUUAAAAUAAGUUCCUGUUCUAAUAAAAUUCACAAGGUAAAAUUAAUUUUGACAAUAAAUGGGUCAAGAAAAAAAAAAAACAUGAAGAUUAACUGAACAUACUCACCUUUCCAAAUAUAGCAAACUUGUGCUUCAUUAUCAUGUAUAACUGCAAAGGCUUUCAUUAUCAUUGAUGAAAGCAAAAACUGGCAAAACAGGAAAAUAAGAAAAGUGAUUGAAAUAACAACAAACACUUACUGGUGUCAUCUUUCUGUAGUCCUUUGAUACAGGAUGAUGAAUUAAUGACUGCUCUGCUUCUAGAGAAAUCAACUGGCAACAUCACUUGCUAUCAUCAAUGCUUUUUGAGCUCUGUGCACAAUUCCUUAUUUAAUAGGAUUUUCUUCUAAUAUAUGUGGAACAGCCAAGACUGAAUGCUCAAAAAGAAAAAAACGAAGGGAAAAAGCAGAGCUGCGCUGUUAGCUCAAAAAGACACUAAACUCUCUGUGAAAUGUCACCAUGGCAGAUUUUAUAAAUAUUAUUUGAAACCAGUCACUGUGAUUAUUGCAACUAAAAGUGUAACCCUGGCUUUAGCAUAAUCUUAACUCCACCAUCAGUAGAGAUAUUAAAACUAGUCUUAUUGUGAGUCCAGAAGAAAGGCCCCAGUAAUACAGAGACUCACUCAUAAUGUAGUGUUCACACAGGCAGGUGAUUUGACUGGUCUGUGUGAAUACCUGUUAUUGUGUGUUUUGAGAUAAUCCGGACCGGUUCCAGAGCACCUAAUGAAAAGUUCAGGGUCUCAUUACAGUUCUGAGCAGGGCUGCUUUGGAACCAAAAAUUCUCCAUUCUGAUGCAGGAAGUGAAGAAUAAAGUGGAUUGCGUGAACCGUGACCGUUUGUGAA